GGCUGCGGCGAAGUUGCUACAAAGUUGCGGGGCGAGGAAGUUUGUGCCGGCGGGAUGGCUGGCGCGGGCGGCGGCGGGCCGGGUGAGUGCCGCGAGCAUCUCUUCAAGGUGCUGGUGAUCGGGGAGCUGGGCGUGGGCAAGACCAGCAUCAUCAAGCGCUACGUGCACCAGCUCUUCUCCCAGCACUACCGCGCCACCAUCGGCGUGGACUUCGCCCUCAAGGUGCUGCACUGGGACAGCAAGACUCUGGUGCGGCUGCAGCUCUGGGACAUCGCAGGCCAAGAACGAUUUGGUAACAUGACAAGAGUUUACUAUAAGGAGGCUGUUGGUGCCUUUGUGGUCUUUGAUGUCACAAGGGGUUCCACUUUUGAGGCCGUUUCAAAGUGGAAACAUGACUUGGACAGUAAAGUGUUACUUCCAAAUGGCAGUCCCAUCCCUGCAGUUCUUCUUGCAAACAAGUGUGACCAGAAAAAAGACAAUGGCCAGACUCCUUCUCAAAUGGACCAGUUCUGCAGGGAAGGUGGUUUUGUUGGAUGGUUUGAAACCUCUGCCAAGGACAAUAUCAACAUAGAUGAAGCUGCUAGAUUCCUGGUGGAAAAUAUACUUGCCAACUACAGGAGUUUUCCCAAUGAAGACAACGAUGUGAGCAAGCUAAAACUGGACCCAGAUCCCUUGAAAGCAGAGAGUAAAUCACAGUGCUGCUAAUGUUACUGUAACUGCAUGCAAAUUCAAUGGAAUGAGCAGCAAGACUUGUUACUCGGCUCAGACUACUCCUAUGGUGCUGCAUUAUGACAAUCAAAUGGGGUGUUCUGUUUUCUGUAGGUGAUAUUGAGAUGUUUAUACAUCUUGUUUGGUAUGAAACUGUGUAUCUUCUGUGAAUUGCCAUUCAUCCUUUAGUAAAACAGCAGUUACAGCUCUAGUAUUCAGAUUAACCACUUUGACAAAAAAGAGGAUGGUUUACCCUUAAAGGAAUAAAAGUAACCUUCAGUUUGAGUUGCAAUUUCUAGGAUGAAUAUUGUGUUCCAUUCUAGAAAUGCAGAACGCACCUGCCUUCAGUUGAAUUAGUACUUUUUUUCUCUACCAUGAGUUCCCUCCUUGUCCCCAACAACCUCUUCUUCCUGCAUGCCUCUUUCUACCGAUGCACACAUUUCUGAUUGUUCACUACCACUGGGGCUCCCUAACAGCCUUCAAGGAGCCAUCCAGUCCAGUACUGCCUGAAUGUAGGUGCAUGUCUUAAUCUAUAAAGUAACAAAGUCUCAAAGUCAAAUGAGCACACUGCUGGCAAGUUAGAGGAACAGGAUGGGAAAACAAGUGUCAUGCAUAGCAGGGAAGUGCAGUAGACACUAAAAGUGCUUUGCCACUAGAGCAUAUUUUGCUUCAAAUGCUGUCACUAUUUGGAGUGUAUUUUCUUAGUCAAACACUUGCCUUUCUCUUAGUUGGCCUACACAAUUAACAUGUUUUGAGGAAUGUCACCCAUCUGCAUAGUAAUUUUUAAAUAGCCAGACACUUAUUUAUGCACUAACACUUUUUUUGCAAAGUAUUGUCUUUAACUUCAUAUGGGGAUAUUGAAAAUGAAACUACCACACCCUUUGGUUACUUAUCUUAAAUACUGUUAAGUCUGCAUUCAUUCUCUCUUUGUAGUUGAGCCUUCUGAGUAUUACCAAAUGUACAAGAGGGAUAUCUUAGAGAUUAUAGUAAGAAAGAAUAACUGCUCUUAAAGACUUUCACUAGUUUUGAUAUUCCAUUCAUCUAUUUAAUAGAGGCUUUCACUAAUUAAGAAUGCUGCACUUAAUUUACGCAUGGAAAAGUGAAUACAGAUGUUCAGUUUGGAACUUGGAUAUAAUAGGAAGUUCUAAAAUUGUUACCAAGUGAGGAAGGUAAUCUAUAUUGGUUUACCUCUGUCUAUUCCUGGUGGCAGGCAAAAUAGGUCAUGACUUGACCCCUCCUCAUAACCUCUUUUUCCAGAUCUGGGGAGCUUCAGCUUGCUGACUUGAAGGUGUAACAUCUUCAGUAUCUGGUGAUCUUGUAUUAAUUGUACUCUGCUUCCUCACUGGCUUAAGCUGUAUUUUUGGCUAGGCAUAACAUCCAAAAUGCUGCUGAUGUCAGAAGUCUCUUGCUUGGUCUGUUGAAAGUGCAAAGUAGGUCAUAAACUCUCAUGUGUUGGUUUAAAUGCACUAGAAUAUUUAUGACUACUUUUUUCUAAGCUACUUUUUUGAGAUAAAUAUGCCUAAAUUGGUUUAUGUGUUCCUUUUGUGAAAUAAAUGUCUUGUAUGUUCAAGUUGUCAAAAGCCUACAAUUUAUAGAGACACUUUCACUGAAGCAAACUUCCUUCUAAUCCACUGGCUGUUACAUAAAGUCCAUCCCUGGUGUAUAAUGCUGUAUAACAUUACGCACAGAAUUGCAACUGGACUGUAGUGGCUUCAGUCCUUGGAUUGUUCUCAAUUAAUAACCUGGCCACUCUUUUGCAUAUUAGCCUGUCUUUCUGAAGGAGGAUGAACUUUGAAAGAAUAUCCCUGCUCCCUAUUAAAGAAGAGUCAUUUUAGGGGAAUGCUGUUCUCUGAAAUACUUGCACUACAAAUGGGGUUGAGGGGGGUUCCACACUUAAUUCAUACAGCAUACCAGUUUUCAAGACCAUCAAAAUCUGUGCUAAGCAUAAGCUGUAAAAUCCUAUUGGUUAUAGGAGCAUACAAGAAAAAUGUACCAGCUACAUUCAUAACCAAAGUGCCUUUAACUGGUCAGUAAGAUGCAUGAUGUCCUAUUAGUUGAUGCUUGUUUAAGUUUUAUGUGCAAUAUCUUCUGAGAGAACCAGGUCGUCUUUGAUUGUUUUCGUGCUGACGUGGCUUCAGAUAUGUAUAAUAUUACUGAUAUGAAGUAGUAUACCAACUUGUGUGCAGUAGGUAUGGCCUGUUAAAUGUUUAAAAGCCAGUCAAUUGGGUAACAACAGUGCUAGGUCACAAGAAUGAAUUCAAAAUAAAGUGAGGAAAAAUGUAAAAACAAAACCAGAAGAGAUCUUGCUCAAGGAGAAAUGGUGUCUGUAAUUUCCAAAACAUCUGCUUUAUGGAAUAACUGCUAAUGGGGAAAAAUAUAGCUGUGUGUGCAUGCACACUUUUUUUAUUAUUUUGCUAUAACAUUAUUGCUUUUUUUCUUGGAAAACAAAGCAUUUGAUUAAAAAACUGAUCAUAUUCAUUUCAAGGUAUCAGUCUUAAACCACAGAAUAACUUCAGUAAGUGUUGCAGUAUCAAGACUUCUUGAAACGAACUAUUAAAUACUUUGACCUGCUUUUUUGGUAACCGGUCAUAAAAAAUUAGUUUAUUUGGUAUAGUUCUUAGUUUCAGCAGUUUUUAAAAAUAUUUUUUUUGAGGACCUCAGAUUGAUGGAAUUAAAAACUUCUAGAUGGCUUUGAAACCACUUGCAUAAAUGUCAAAACCAAACUCAAAUACAGCCAUAUAAAAGGAGACUAGUUACAGAGCUGCGGUAUGAUUGCAAUGAAGUAGCUGAGAUUAAAAAAUAUGCUCAAAGUAAAGUGAGUGAAUGGCUUAAAAAAAACACAGCCCUGAGACAAGUUGUUACCCGUGUACUUUUGUAUUGAUAAUGCCGCAGAGCAGUCUGAGACUUCUGUUCCUAAUGGUAUGCUAGGUGUAACUUGACAUUUUGGUAUACUAUCUUGGUUUAAUGGGAAAUGGAAGGAGGCUUUGAACAGAUUUUUAAAAAUUAUUAUUU